AUGACACUUCAUCCAUUCGACUCCAUCACCGACGCUGAGGUUAGACUCACCGGUAAGCUUAUCAAGGACCACCACAGCGGGUCUUAUGUCCACUUCACCCAGUUGGACAGAUUGGACCCUCCAAAGAAGGAUAUGAUCAAGUACCUGGACAUUGAGCGUUACGGAGGUGACUUGCCUUCCAUCGCCAGAAGAACGUACGCCUACUACUACUUGGACUCCAAGAUGCCUUUGUACAAGGCGAUCGUUAACGUCACUUACGGCCAUAUCAUCACCAGUUCCCCAGUCUCUGAUGUCAAUGCAGGUCCAUUGCUUCCAGAAGAUUUGGCGGAGAUUGAAGACUUGGCCUUGAAGCAUCCAAAGGUGCUUGCAGAGAUUGCAAAGAUGAAAUUGCCUUCCCAUAUCAAGGUUGCCAUCGACCCAUGGAUGUACGGUACAGAUUCCCUUGACGUUAAAGAGCCUUUGAUUCAAUGUUACACUUAUUUGAAAGUGGACCAUCCGGAUGCCAACCACUACUCUCUUCCAGUCAAGUUCUGUCCUGUCUUUAAGCUCUUGUCCAAGGAAUUUGUUCGUAUGGACUACUUGCCAGCUGGAUUUGACGAAAAGACAGUUGCGACCCAACCAUGGAUGGAAGUUCCAGCAGUGGAGUACCAUCCAGAUUUGAACGGUGAGACUGUUUUGCGUGAUAUUAAGCCACUCAUUGUUCAACAGCCAGAAGGUGCCUCUUUCACCAUUGAAGGUGGUAAAAUCACAUGGCAAGGGUGGGAGUUCAGAGCUGCAACCAACGCUAGAGAAGGUGUUGUGCUCUAUGACGUUCAUUUCAAAGGUCGUUCUUUGUUCUACAGAAUUGCUCUUAACGAGAUGACUGUUCCAUACGGUGAUCCAAGAGCUCCAUUCCACAGAAAGCAAGCCUUUGACUUGGGUGAUUGUGGUUUCGGUGUCAACGCAAACCAGUUGAACUUGGGAUGUGACUGUUUGGGUGUUAUCAAGUACUUGGACACUUUGCGUAUCAACCGUGACGCUGAGCCUAUCAAGUUGACGAACACAGUGUGUAUCCAUGAGCAAGAUUACGGAAUCCUGUUCAAGCAUGUCAACUACAGAAAUGGUAACUCCAUUGUCACAAGACGUCGUGAAUUUGUCAUUCAGACCAUUGCCACAGUUGGUAACUACGAGUACAUUGUCAACUUUGUCUUUGACCAAGUUGGUGCAAUCACUGUUCAAGUCAGAGCCACUGGUAUCUUGUCCACCAUGCCAAUUGACCAAGGUGUUCAAGUUCCAUGGGGUACUAACAUUGGUCCUGGUGUUAUGGCUGCUUACCACCAACAUUUGUUGUCCUUCAGAUUCGACACUAGAUUGGAUGGUGACAAGAACACCGUCUGUUAUGAUGACUAUGUACCAAUGGACGAGGAUCCAGUCUUGAACCCAUACAACGUUGGUUAUGUUGGUAAGAGAACCAUUAUCGAAAAGCCAGGUUACAUUGAGCAAUCUCCAUUCACAAACAGAACUUACAAGGUUAUCAACGAGAAUGUCAUUAACAAGGUCACUGGUAAGCCAGUUGCUUACAAGUUUGAGAUGCCAGCCAAGCAAAUGAUGCUUGCACAGAAGAACUCCUUCAACACCAAGAGAGCAACCUUUUCACAGAAGCAAUUCUUCGUCACCAAAUACAGAGAUGAUGAGCUGUACGCUGCUGGUGAAUUCACCAACCAAUCUACAAGUGACACCGGUUUGGGAGUGUGGCUCAAGAGGGAUGAGAGUGUGAGAAACACCGAUACCGUUGUUUGGCCAACGCUUGUCUUGACCCACCCUCCAGUCACCGAACAAUUCCCAGUCAUGCCUUCCGAUUUCAUGCAAUUCCUCGUUUCCCCAGCUUCGUUCUUUGAGAGAAACCCGGCUUUGGAUGUUCCAUUGGCUAACAACAACUUCAACAAGUCAAAGUACUACGAGGAAACAAAUGGCCCAUCUGCUAACCCAGCUUCUGCUUCUUGUUGCAAGACAACCCUCUAA